UGAUAGUCAAAAGGGGUGAAAACACAAGAAAAAGGCCAAAUACUACAACUAACCAAGAUGGUGAUGACUUUGAGCCAGUAAAAAAGAAACAAUCGAAAAACGAAAAGCAGAUGGAUCCUAUCGAGGGGAAACAGAAGAUUACCGGUGCAGAGCCUAUUAGGACAGAACCAAGACCGUACUAUGAUUAUCAUCAUGAUGUAAUAAGCCUACGGUGCAGUCCUUCAGGUUUUUUGGAUACAGUUAAGCACUUUACUGAAGCGCAGGUGGCGGAUGUGAAGAGCAUUGGAUUUGGUGAUGUCCUUAAUAUAAAGCUUUAUCAUAUAAGCACACGUUUAGGGUAUUGGCUCGUACGAAACUAUGACGAGCAAUACAGCACACUAAACAUAGGAAAUCACAAGAUAAAAAUCACCCGAGAUUCAGUACAUGACGUGUUUGGUAUUCCAAAGGGUAAUGUUAUUGUACGAGAAAAAAAUAAGCCUAGAAAAGGAGCAAUAGUGGAGAAAAAUACAGCUACUCAAGGCGCAGAAACAACCAUAGAUGAGUUCAAAAACCAGUGGCCAGACACAAACAAAAUUACUCAUACUUUACUUGCAAGAACUAUGUCAAAGCAAACCACUGGCGGACGAUUAUUCAAGCUAAAUUUCCUAGCCUACUGGAACACUUUGUUUGUAGAGAUAACAAAGUCAACAACUGUUAAACAAAGUUUUCUACUUGCAAUUGACAAAGAGGAAGACAUUCCAAAUCUGGAUUGGUGCUCCUUCGUUUUAGAAUCGCUGAAACGAACAAGACAAGGUUGGAAAAAGUUAGACUCACAAUACAAUGGCCCGGUUGCAUUCCUAACGCUUCUAUACAACCAUUAUUUCAACCAAAGACACAAAAUUUUCGAUGAACCUGUCAAAAUGCCUGUCAUACAGUAUGUAACCUCUGGUAUGAUCGACGACGUGGAAGAAUAUUUAUACAACAACGGGCCGCUAAGUGUUGAAGAUUGUGAUGAAGUGGAGGAAGACGAAGGAGCAAAUGAUAAUCGCCAGGAUCAACAACAUGUUACUGCCUCACGCAUCAAUGGCAAUGAUCAUCAAAAUCAAGAGGCUACGACCGCACCAUUCGAAAUCGUAAAACAGAACACUUCGACGCUGUACACUGACCUUUUCGCUGACAACAUCCCGAUACACGAGGCAGCUGCGGUACAAGAAAACCUCACCGAAUUCAAUACAUUAGAUCAGCGUAUGGAAGAUACGGAUGAGUACAUGAUACCACCAGUGGAUACGACACAUGUCUACAACAGAAGAAACCUGGCUGGAAACCUGGAUGGGGAGGAUCCGAUUGACGAAGGUGACAUACCAUCAAAUACGGAUUGGUUUGACGGGUGGAAUCCGAAUGAACAUAUUUCAGCUUUGAAUUUAGAUGAAAUGGACAUAGGGACACAAACGCAAAAAGAGAUUGACUACUGCAGCACUCCGGUUCAACUAACCGGGGUGAUCUAUGAUCAUGCUGCGUGGGAAGCCUCGAAAAAAAGUAAAAAGGUGUUGUUGAAAACAAUGGACAAUAAUAUAAAGAAAUACAUUUCUCUGGUUUCGGAUAUGAAUAAUCUCGUUAAGGGGGUAAAGGAGAAGUAUUUCUGGGAUGUUGAAAUUAUGGAAAGGUGUAAAAGAUGGAAUGAUGCGGUUAAAAAUACAGUUUCUACAAAUACAGUUUCGAUACCUGAUGAAGUAAGCUAUGCUGGUGAUGAGGUGGUUCAAAACAAAGUUGGACAGUGUGGCGAAACAAAUCAAGAGUUAGAUGGCGAUGGAGAUGCAAGGUUGGAACAUGAAAACACGGUGAAAGAUAAAGGUAUAUAA